AUGAGUCCUCCACUGCUGAAGCUUGGUGCUGUUCUUAGCACCAUGGCAAUGAUCUCUAACUGGAUGUCCCAAACUCUCCCAUCUCUGGUAGGACUAAAUACCACCAGAAUAACCACCUCAGAUACUCUAGUAAGUAGCUGUGAUGUGUUGCAAGCCAUCUUAAUGCAGAACCCCAAGGAAGGGUGGCAAGUUUAUAGUUCAGCCCAGGACCCUGAUGGCCGUUGCAUUUGCACUGUUGUUGCGCCUGAACAAAACCUGUGUUCAAGAGAUGCCAAAAGCCGACAACUCAGGCAACUGCUAGAGAAGGUUCAGAAUAUGUCCCAAUCUAUUGAAGUGUUAAAUCUACGGACUCAGAGGGAUUUCCAGUAUGUUUUAAAAAUGGAAACACAAAUGAAAGGGCUGAAGGCCAAGUUUCGGCAACUCGAAGAUGAUCGGAAGACAUUAAUGACAAAGCAUUUUCAAGAUUUGAAAGAAAAGAUGGAUGAGCUCCUGCCACUGAUCCCAGUUCUGGAACAAUACAAAACUGAUGCCAAACUAAUCACCCAGUUCAAGGAGGAAAUUAGGAAUCUGUCUACUGUCCUUACUGGGAUUCAGGAAGAAAUUGGUGCUUAUGACUAUGAGGAACUACACCAGCGCGUACUCAGUUUAGAAACCAGGCUUCGAGACUGCAUGAAAAAGCUCACAUGUGGCAAAUUGAUGAAAAUUACAGGCCCCAUUACAGUCAAAAUAUCUGGAACCCGAUUCGGAGCCUGGAUGACAGAUCCCUUAGCAUCAGAGAAAAAUAACCGAGUCUGGUACAUGGAUAGUUACACUAACAAUAAAAUUGUCCGUGAAUACAAAUCAAUUGCAGACUUUGUCAGUGGGGCUGAAUCAAGGACAUACAACCUUCCAUUCAAAUGGGCAGGAACCAACCAUGUUGUCUACAAUGGCUCCCUCUAUUUCAACAAGUAUCAGAGCAACAUCAUCAUCAAAUACAGCUUUGACACUGGGCGGGUGCUUGCACAGCGUAGCCUUGAGUAUGCUGGCUUUCACAAUGUCUACCCUUACACCUGGGGUGGCUUUUCUGAUAUUGACCUGAUGGCAGAUGAAAUUGGGCUAUGGGCUGUCUAUGCCACCAACCAGAAUGCAGGCAACAUUGUCAUCAGCCAGCUAAACCAGGAUACACUGGAGGUGCUGAAGAGCUGGAGCACAGGCUACCCAAAGAGAAGUGCUGGAGAAUCCUUCAUGAUCUGUGGCACCUUGUACGUUACUAACUCUCACUUAACAGGAGCCAAGGUCUACUAUUCUUAUUCCACAAAAACCUCCACUUACGAGUAUACAGACAUUCCUUUCCAUAACCAGUACUUUCAUAUAUCCAUGCUUGACUACAAUGCAAGAGAUAGAGCUCUCUAUGCCUGGAAUAACGGACAUCAAGUCCUGUUUAAUGUCACCCUUUUCCACGUCAUUAAAACUGAAGAUGACACAUAA